ACAACAAACAAACGCUGAGCAGAAUUUAGUGUAAUUUUAGUCAUUUCCACUUAAAAUACAGUAUGAGCUCAAGAAAUUCCGCCUUGGCCUCAUUGACGGCAACUUAUACCGACUCCGAAAAUGAGGAGGACCGACGAACGGAUGAAGAAUCGGAAUCCGAAGGGGCCAGCACAGUGUCUCAGGUUCGAUCGCGGCAACAAACACCGCUACGUGAAACUUCCGAAAGCUCCGGUACUCCGUCGGCGCAAACCAACAACACUAAAUCUGUGGAAGGAACCGGCAGGAGCGAUACCGAAACAUCAAAGCCGAAGCGCAGGAAAGCGUUGCGAUUAGUUAGCUACAUCGACGACACGAUCGUUUCGGAUGAUGAAAAUAAUUCACCAACCCGCCACGAAGCCGAGGUGGUCGACCAAUCGGAAGAGGAACCAGCAGCGGAGGAAACACCCACCCCGCAGAAGCCGGACCGGUCGAAACAAUACGGAUUUAGCUUACCACCGGAACCGAAAGGAAAGUGUCCGCCGGAACUACAGGACAAGAUUGCGGCACUGUACGAACGCAUGAAAAACUCCACCAUGGACACGAACCGUAUCAUUCAGGAGCGAAAAGAGUUUCGGAAUCCGAGUAUCUACGAGAAGCUGAUCCACUUUUGUGACAUCAACGAACUCGGCACCAACUAUCCGCCGGAGUUUUUCGAUCCCUUCAAGUGGGGCAAAGAGUCGUACUACGAGGAGUUGGCCAAGGCGCAGAUGAUCGAAAUGGAAAAGGUGGAGAAGGCCCGCAAAGAAGCCACCAAAACGGAAAUUCAAACCGGCGUAAAGCGGAUGGAACCGGAAGAGUCGAAAAAGAGGAAAUCCAAAUGGGAUCAACCGGGUGUGCUGGGGGCAGCGCCCGGCAUGCUGGGAGCGGCCGUGCCGGUGACGGUGGUGAACGUUCUGAAACCGGCCGGCAUUAUUCAGCCAACCCUCACGACGACAGCCACCGGAACGAAGGGGACAGUGAUAUCUGCGUUCGGGUCGUUACCAAAGAAACCGAAAGUUUAAAGUGGCCACCGCGAAGCUUGAUUAGAGUAAAACCAAUUGUCUAGUUUGACCGAGAAAUACACAAGAAGAU